ACAAGCUAUCUUACAACUUGAAUAUCAAAAAGAAAAAGAAAAUGGCAAUUCCUACCAUUUCAAGCAACAAAAGAACACCAGAGAUUGUAUUUUUCGACUUGGAAACGAACGUUCCAUCAAAAGCUGGACAAAAAUUCUGGGUGUUAGAGUUUGGUGCAAUGGUAAUUUGUUCGCGAAAGCUUGUGGAGAUAGAGAGCUACUGCACCCUUAUUAAGCCAGGGGACUUGUCUGUUGUGGCAUUAAAGCCAGGGAGAAGUGAUGGAAUUACGCGAAAAGCAGUUGCUAAUGCACCUUCAUUUGAAGAAGUAGCAGACAAGAUUUUCAGCAUAUUGGAUGGUAGAAUUUGGGCAGGUCAUAACAUACAAAGAUUUGAUUGUGUUCGUAUUAAAGCAGCUUUCGCUGAAAUUGGUCGCCCUGCUCCUGUUCCUGCUGGAAUUAUUGAUUCUUUAGGUGUUUUGUCUGAGAAAUUUGGCAAAAGAGCUGGAAAUAUGAAGAUGGCAUCACUGGCAACUUACUUUGGUCUUGGGGAGCAAAAGCACAGGAGCUUAGACGAUGUUCGGAUGAAUUUGGAAGUCCUAAAACAUUGUGCAACAGUUUUAUUUCUUGAAUCAAGUAUACCAUAUUUGUCUAAUGGUAAUUGGCAAGGCACAUCCAGCAUUACUACAAGAAGUAGAAGCCAAGUGCAAAAUAUUCCAAGUUCUUCGAUUGAUAGGUGGCAAAAUUCUUCUUCAAUUACAACUAGGAGUAGUAGCAGAGGGAAAUUACCCUGCAGAGAAGAAACAAGCCGGAAAUCUCCUCCAUCGACAACUUUUGGAUAUCAAAGAGCUGUUCCUUAUGCUAGGCAAAGCUUGGGAAAGAUGACUGCAGGUGUGAGAAAUUUCUUAUGUAAAGCUCAAAACAAGCCUCUAAACAAUUUAUUAAAGCAUUCACAGACACUUUUCCGAUGAACAAGAAGAACAGAUCCUGCUCACUUUUAAGAGCUUUGAUAAUUGGAGCAACAUCAUCAAAUGUUCAAUUGUUUUGGAUAAGUUUGAAAAUAUUCAAGUCACAAAAUUCAAGCAUAUGUGCCUGUUUCUGUGAAGUUGAUUAAUAGUUUGGAAGCUAAGAAGAUUACAUCAAAUUAAAGUCCAGAUGCUUAUUUCCAGUUUCUUGUUCAAGUUCUAAGUUGCAAGGCUGCUGACCUUAUCAUCUAACCAAUUUGUAUUCUUUAGUUACUGAUUCUUUCAUUCUUUCAGUUGUGGACUUGUGUAAAUAUUUAUACAUCCCAAUAAAUAAAUUCCAGCUGAUGUUCUUUGAUUCUA